GGACGUACGCGUUCACGUUGCCGCGCGUUCCAGCAGGAAAGCGAGACCAGAACAGGGCGAAAAUUUCACCGAGAGCUAGUCCAGACUGAGCUUCCUGACCCGAGAGGGGGCUUUGUAAAAGAAGUUGUCUCCAAGCGCCCCGACGUGCACGGAGAAGGUUGGGGAUCUUUUUUUUUUGUUUGUUUGUUUUCUGCACAGCUGCACCGUAAUUGCACGACAAGGCGGCGGAAGUUUUGCGUGAUUCAGGACCGUCUCAGUUUUGAGUUUUACUCGGGAGCAGCAGCAGCAGCACCACACCACGUCGUGCCACACGGGGAGGAGAGAGGAGAGAAGAGGGCAGAAGUUUCCGCUGCCUUGUUUUGUCACUGCGCGGCUGGUAAAUCCGCAGCAAUGUCGCAGAAGGAGAGACCCACUUUCUACCGACAGGAGCUCAACAAAACCGUGUGGGAGGUCCCGGAGCGGUACCAGAACUUAUCUCCCGUCGGCUCCGGUGCUUACGGAUCCGUAUGCUCAGCGUACGAUGUGAAGACAGGCCUGAAAAUAGCAGUGAAGAAGUUGUCCAGACCCUUCCAGUCCAUCAUCCACGCAAAGAGAACCUACAGAGAGCUGCGACUGCUCAAGCACAUGAAGCAUGAGAAUGUGAUUGGUCUGUUAGACGUUUUCACACCAGGCACAAGCUUAGAGGAGUUCAAUGACGUGUACUUGGUGACCCACUUAAUGGGUGCAGACCUCAACAACAUCGUCAAGUGUCAGAAACUUACUGAUGACCAUGUCCAGUUUCUCAUCUACCAGAUUCUCCGAGGCUUAAAGUACAUCCAUUCUGCAGACAUCAUCCACAGAGACUUGAAGCCCAGUAAUCUGGCUGUGAAUGAAGACUGUGAACUCAAGAUCCUGGACUUUGGUUUGGCACGGCACACAGAUGAUGAAAUGACGGGCUAUGUAGCCACCCGGUGGUACCGAGCACCAGAGAUCAUGCUCAACUGGAUGCACUACAAUAUGACAGUGGAUAUCUGGUCAGUGGGCUGCAUCAUGGCUGAGCUACUUACUGGACGGACACUCUUCCCUGGCACAGACCACAUUGAUCAGUUGAAGCUUAUAAUGAUGCUCGUCGGAACCCCAGGGCCUGAGUUCUUGAUGAAAAUCUCUUCAGAGUCUGCAAGGAACUACAUAAACUCACUUCCCCACAUGCCUAAGAGGAACUUUGCUGAUGUGUUUAUUGGUGCCAAUCCUCUUGCGGUGGACUUGCUGGAGAAAAUGCUGGUGCUGGACACAGACAAGCGGAUCACGGCAUCUGAGGCUCUGGCCCACCCGUACUUCGCCCAGUACCACGAUCCGGACGACGAGCCUGAAGCGGAACCUUAUGACCAGAGCUUCGAAAGCCGUGAGCUGGAAAUAGAAGAAUGGAAGAGGUUAACCUACGAGGAGGUACUCAGCUUCGAGCCACCGUCAUUCGACGGGGACGAGAUGGAAUCCUGAGGAGGAGACACCUUUUCUUCCAUCUUUUUGUUUUCCAAGAAACACUCUUUAAGGACUAUCGGUCUCAUGUGACUAUCUACCACUUUCCUCACACACUCGCACAACCAUGACAUUCAAGUGCCUGCCGUCAUUCAUCUCCGGGGAACAUCGCGAUAUCAGGGAUAAAACUUGACAUCCUGUUCCUUCCGUCCCCCACUUUGCUGUUUUUGUUAUUCUUCGUCCUUACAUGCUGAGGCACACGUUAAUUCUUCUUAUAUUUUUAGUGAGUUUUUACCUCAGACAUUUAUUGUUUAUAUUGAUCCCCACUUUGAUUCUGAAAACUAGAAACUACAUGUCAGUAUCUUAAAGCAAAUUGAAUUGAGAGAUUGAACUGCUAAUACGUAUUUUAUAAAAUUGUACUACUUAGUAAAUAGAAGUUGAAAAGUUUCAAACUGCAGUGUGUCUAAAGUAUCUUUGCUCCACACAUAAAAUAUUAAAUGUUAUUUCUAUCAAUGCAUAGAUCUGUGUAAAUAUGACAAACAGUAUUUGUACAUAAGUACUUCAGUCAGACCAGUUACCAUGUUUGUGUAAUAGUCAUAAUCGCUGAGUCACAUCUCAGCCAAACCCCUUUGAAUUUUAUUACUAGAGUUUAGCCUCUAAUGGCAUAUAAAAAGAUACAGUAUGUAAUUUAAUACAAGUAUGUAUAGCUUAGGCUAAAAUAUAUAUAAAAUAUUCACCUCUACAUGGAAAAUUCAAGGAUUCACAUUUGUUAUUGUUGGAUUUGAAGGCUUACAGUGUCCUUUUUUUCUUUUCUUUUUGUCAAAAUGAGUCUGCAGAAUAUUCCUUUAUUGUUUCAGAAGAAUGUUUAAGUCACCAUUAUCACAACCUACAGUACCACAUACGCAUGAUAAAGCCAGAUUUGGCUUAUUAGUUUAUUGAAAUGUGAUGUUUCCCACCACAACACCAAACUGACAAUGUACAUUAAUCAUAUUGCAUUUAUAAAACACAGUACUAUUAAUGUUUAUUGAAUGUUGGGGGCGCCAGUUUGCCCUGUAUUUAUGAUCUUUUUGUUAUGUUGUUUGUAUAUCGAUGUAAAAGAGAAUAUUAUUUGUCAGAAUUUAAGGUUCUUUUUAUUAUUUAUGGAGUGCUUACUGUUAUCAGAAACCAAAUGUAUCAUCAAUAAUCUCAAACGUCAGUUCAGCCGUGGUGACUGCAUUUACAGCUUGUGCAUCAGAGCCACCGAUAUAAACUAAAUAGUUUUAAAUCAGUUUGAUCAACUUUUCAGUUUUCUGAGUUUCCAGUUUAAAAAAAGUUCUUGAAUAUUUAUUUAUCUUAUUGUGUCCCUGAGAUACUGCCCUCCUAAAGUAUACAAGUUGUUUUAAUAGAAAUCAAAGCAAAAUAUGCGUUACAAUAUGUCAACAUUUUGUAUUGACAUACAAACCACUAAACCGUAGACUCCUAGUUCUGAAGUGUACUACAAACAUUAAUUGACAAUGUUUCUUUAUGUGAACUGUUUAGGAGUCUAAUUACAUUUACAUGUGACAUACAAGCUUUAUCCACAGUCACCCUGGCCAAUGUUACCUAAACGAUAUCAGUGUCUUCACAAUUUCAUUUGCAAUAGCUUGUUUUCAUGUAGUGCUUUUUCUAAUGUAUUAUUUUAUUCUUUGCGUGUUAAAUCAAGAUUUGAUGUUAUUCUGUGAUUUAUUUUUUAUUAUUAUUAUUAUUUUUUGAGUAAUGCUAGAACUAUAUUUGUCAUUGAUUUGAAUAAUUUAGCAGGGCACAUGUUUGUGGGAAAGAGUGUACGUUUACUCACUGGAUGCUGAAGGGCAAUGCUGAAGCCUCAUUCUUCAUAGUUUUUAAAAAAAUGAACUGCAUAAAUUUGAUUAUUUAUCUUGUCCAUAUCCCAAUGUCAGUAGUUAAUUUGGUUAUCAGUUCUGCUUUCCUUGCCUGAGAUGUGUUUGUAUGUUUUUACGAUGUUCUUUAUCACAUGUACCAAGACAGCACACCACCUGUAAAUACCACCAUUAGAAAAUAAAGGCUACUAUUUUUCAAACCUGUAACA